UCCUCCGAAAGGGACUGCAAUUAGCUAAAUCAAGAAGGGACAACGUUUCAGACUGAAGUCCUGUCAGCUCGAUAUAGGCGAUUUUAAAAAUAGUAUUUAUGUUUUUGCCCCAGGACAUGUCGUUGGUGGAUUUUAAUUGAUCAUUUCAAUGAAUGGACUGAUACCGUUGAGCAUUCCGUAAAGGAGAAUUCAAGCAAUUAAAGUAAUGUACUUUGUAACUAUUUGGAUGAUUAAACGUUGUUCAGUCACAGGUAUGAAUAGUUUUUGUAGGGAACGUACAAAUUGAUAUUUUUGGUAAACGUACAUACGUUUUAAAAGUGAAACUUUUCUAAUUAUAGCAAUCUUUUAAAUAGUUAUAGACCUUUCUUUAUAGUUAUAGCCUAUAAAGAAAUCGUUUAAUCGUUAAACUACGCUGUAGACUAUUCAAUACAUGACUGUAUGAUGUGAAAUGAAAGAUUAAGUGUGCCUUUCACCUCACCAACAUAUAAAGAAUCUUCAUUUAUGCAUAGGAAAGAACCAGGAACCACCAACUUAAAUUAUUGUUGCCAGUUGAAGGCGGUGCGGAGAUUGAGCAAGAAAGAGAAACUGUUCGGCCAUCGAACGAGCGCACUGGAUUGUUUUAACAGUCAUUACUCGUGUGGUUUAAUUUUUUCCACGACUGGCAGUUACUUUACAAGCUUUCCUCGAGCCUACUCAUUUUUAAUCGUUGGAAUACAGUUUGCUGCUGACGCGGUGAUAUUAAGGACCAGGGCGAACAUGCACCACAAUGGUAACGGUAAGGAGAAAGAAUCCGAAGCUCCCAAGGAGAAAUCCGAGUGUCAACAGGCAGCGAGUGACAGCGCAGAGCACAGCACGGACAGAGACAGCAGCCCCAGUCACUUUCCGCUGCCCUGCGUCGCCAAGCCGGACUUCAAGCGUAAUGCGGUGACGGACGACUACAAGAUCUCCAGUCAAGUACUUGGCUUGGGCGUCAAUGGAAAAGUGCUGGAAUGCUACAACAAGAAAACCGGGGAGAAGUGUGCCCUGAAGAUUUUAUAUGACAACCCUAAAGCACGGCGGGAGGUUGAGCUUCAUUGGCAGGUUUCUGGGGGGCCUUACAUAGUUAAGAUCCUCAGCCUCUAUGAGAAUAUGCAUCAGGGGAAGAAAUGCCUUCUCAUCAUUAUGGAAUGUAUGGAGGGGGGAGAGCUCUUCAGCCGGAUUCAAGCUCGGGGAGACCAGGCCUUCACAGAGAGAGAGGGAUCAGAAAUCAUGCGUCACAUCGGGACGGCCAUUGAGCACCUCCACAACAUUAACAUUGCUCACAGGGACCUCAAGCCUGAGAACCUGCUCUAUACCACUAAGCAGAGCAACGGCGUUCUCAAGCUCACAGACUUCGGCUUUGCCAAGGAGACCACACUACACAACCCCCUACAGACGCCCUGCUACACACCCUAUUAUGUAGCUCCGGAGGUGCUGGGCCCAGAGAAGUAUGACAAGUCAUGUGACAUGUGGUCUCUAGGCGUGAUCAUGUACAUCCUGCUGUGUGGCUUCCCCCCGUUCUACUCCAACACGGGCCAGGCGAUCUCGCCGGGGAUGAAGCGGCGCAUUCGGAUGGGCCAGUACGAGUUCCCCAACCCUGAGUGGGCCGACGUGUCCGAGGAAGCCAAACAGCUGAUCCACCAGCUAUUGAAAACUGACCCCAAUGAGCGAAUGACCAUCACCCAAUUCAUGAACCACCCCUGGAUCAACCAAUCAAUGGUGGUCCCCCCAACACCACUUCACACUACCCGCGUACUGAGAGAGGACAGAGAGCUGUGGGAUGACGUGAAGGAGGAGAUGACCAGUGCACUAGCCACCAUGCGUGUGGACUACGACCAGGUGAAAAUCAAAGACUUGGACACCUCCAGCAACCCUCUACUCAACAAGAGACGCAAGAAGGCAGCGGCGGGAGGGAAGGGGGGCAGCACUGUAUGUAACAGUCAAUGAGAGACUAGAGCCAAAGCAGAGACAGGGGUAUCAUGAAGGGCUGGGUGAGCAGAAAAUAAUUACCAGGGGAGGUAGUUUGGAUUAAGGAAAGGAAUCAGGAAAAGGUUGAGUGCAAUGGUAAGCUUUUACUUCAGUUGCUGAAGAUGGAUUUGAAGAUUAAAUUAUUUGUCUUUACGACUGAAAUGCUUUGCCUCUCGUGCAUGAUCCUUCUUUUGUUCUAGUGUGUGUGUGUGUGUGUGUUUGUGUGGGUGAGUGCAUAUGUAAGCAAGGGUACACAUGUAUGUAUGUGGUUUUGUUGUGCUGGUAUUAAUUUCAUGCUUACUCAAACAAGCACGUAGAUCAAUACGUUAAUGUUUUUCUCCUAUCCAUGAAAAUGAAGUUAAAAUAUAUCUUAAGGUAUAAAGAGAAAGGAAUAGGGUACCAGCACUCUCUAUACUAAAUCAGGUCUGAAAAAUUAUCAUGAUUGUCAUCAUUUGUAUUUUACUGUAAAUGUUGUCUUAUGGUCAGUUUUUCAGGAAUUAAAAAAUUCUGGAGAUUUUGCACCAUA